AUGAGUUUGGACUUUUCGGAGGUUAAUCAAGACGUGGAUUUUGGACUUAAAAGUUGUGGAAGCUUAUGUGUAGUGUAUACCGUCGGAAUUGCCAAGACAUCCUUCCUGAACCCUCUCUUCCUCUGA